CUCAUAUGUUCUUAUUUAGGAGUCUGCAGCAUGUAGUGAGCUGUGUUAAUAAUUAUGGAAUGUGUGUUAGUCCUUUUUCUGCUUUCAGGGCACUUCUGGAGCAGUUCUGGUCUUUCUCGACAGUAUCACUAUAUAAAUGAGAGAAAGAAUUGGAAUGAUGCUCAGAGUUACUGCAGAUCGAGGUACACUGAUCUGGCUACUGUAGACAACAUGAAUGAUGUGAGCAGGCUGGUAAAAACGGUGGAUGCUGGUUACAGUGGAUCAGUGUGGAUUGGACUGAAGAGGGGGACACAGAGUCGCUGGGGUUGGUCUAUGGGAGACAAUACUCUCACACAGUACAGCGGCUGGAAACCAGGGAAUCCUGAUGGUGAAGGAGAAUGUGUCUAUUUUGCCUAUGGAUUUUGGUUCAAUCGCCCGUGCUCAAAGCGGCUAUACUUUGUGUGCUACAAUGAAAGCACUGGAUACAACAUGGUAAAUGUUUGGAAAAACUGGACAGAAGCUCAGAGCUACUGCAGACAGUAUCACACUGAUCUGCCCACCAUCCACAGCUCUGAGCAACAAAACCAGAUUUAUAGUAUUGUUGGGGAUGGGCCAUGGGUCUGGAUUGGUCUGUUCCUGGAUUCUUGGGAGUGGUCUGACCAAUGGAGCCUCUUCUUUAGAUACUGGGCAGCAGAACAACCAUCCCAGGGUUCAGACUGUGUUGGCAUGUCGACAGCUGAUUCUGGGAGAUGGGUUCCUGACAGCUGUGAUCUACAACGUCCUUUCAUCUGUCAUGGAGUGUCCAAUGAUGAGAAAUAUGUGUUUGUGCUGACUGGAGGUUCUGUUACACUGAAUAUACAGAUUGAAAACCUGCCACCGUUUGAAACAUUGGUCUGGAUGAAUAAUACAUUAGAAAGAUUUGUGACAUUUAAAUCUAAAUCUAAAACUAGUGAGACAAUGACGUUGUCUUCUUACAAGGACAGAGUGAUUUUCAAUCAGACAAGCUUCUCUCUAACAUUGAAGAAUAUGCAGAAGACAGACAGUGAAGUGUACAGAGCGCUCAUCUUUGGACACAUUAACACAAAUGUUGCUGAAUACAAAGUAUCAGUUAUAGAUGCAGUUGAAGCUCCUGUCCUGAAUAUUUUCUCUGACUGGUCCAGUGACUCGUGUACUGUGAAGGCCACAUGUAGAAGUCAUGACCUCAGCCUCAGCACCAGCUACAAAAUCAGCACAUGCUGUCAAGAGGACGUGACAUCCUUUGGAAUCUCCACUCUCAUCCUGCAUUUUACUGAGGACUCCGUCAUCUGUAACCAUAGCAACCCAGUCAGCUGGAGGCUGGAAAGAAAGGAGAUUAAACAACUGUGUCCUCGACAUGAAAGUGCAGCAGUGUCCCCCUCAGCUGGUGUGUCUUUGUGUCUGCUGAAGACAGUGCUGUUCUCUGUAUCUCUGGUGCUUAUGAUGUCUGCAGUCAUCACUGUUCAUAUCAGAGAGAAACUGAGGAAAAAGGAGACUUGAAGUCAAAAUUGUACUUUUGAUUAAGAUACUAGGGCAAUUUCAGUCACUUUGUUGUCUUCUGUUGGCAUGUGAAUGUACAUUAAUACAUUAUUUUGUGAUUAUCACAAUGUUAGCUAAACACAUCUUCUGAUCCCUCAAAAUAUUCUUACAGUUUUUUGGUUUGUCAGGUAAAGAGAUUCAUUAUGUUCUGUAUAUCAGUGUUUCCCAACCUUUUUCCUGAAACGGCAAACAUUUUACAAUUAAACAAAUCCCAUGGCACACCUCUCUAUCCCACUGUCCCACAUAACCAUCAUUGAUCGUUUUCCUUUUCAAGAACUUCCAUGUUUUCUGUCCAUUUUAGUUGCAUGUUUACGUAGGUAUGGUUUCUUUCUUUCUUUCUUUCAAGUGGCACAGCAAAUAAUUUGUAUUUAUGUAUUUAUUUACAUGGCUCCAGACUAAUAUUUAAAGUGGUAGCACCAGUGUUAAAUUCUACAAACGGUCGCACCAGCACUUGAGUUGGUCUCCGGUCCAACUGAUAGAAAAGUUGUUUUCUUUCACUGUUUCUUUUUAUCAGGAUCUUGAUUGGUUAAACGGUCAUCUGAUGACAAACAAAGCCUUUUUCUACAAUGAGAGGGCAUUAGAAAGGAUUUUACACAGAAGGAAAGUUCCAUUGUAUCCAAAGUUUUAUCUGUGACAUUUGCAGUAAGAUCAUAGUAACCCAAAGUAAAGCCAUGAUUAGCAGUAUCUAUAAAACAAAUUAUGGCAUUUUUCGUGAGAAAAACACAUCCAGAAAUUAAAUUGUAUUCUCUCACUAUUAUAUUGAUAUAAACCGAUGGUAAAAAAAAAUAUUUACAAUUUCUGUCUGUUCAUUGUGCAGAUUUCUUCUUUAUUCCUUGUCAAUGCUGUUUCGAAUGCUUGGGCCGUUUACUAAAAUUUUUAACUGGUUUAAUCAUUGACACAUUAUAUGGGCUUUUGUGAAAAAUAUUAAAUUGCACAUGCUGUUCUGCUGCAUGUGUGUGUGUGUGUGUGUGUGUGUGUGUGUGCGUGUGCUUCUGACCUUCCAU